ACCGUGACAUCAUCGCGAUCGCACGUAUUCGUUCAUUCAUUUAUUCAUCCGUCCAUUCAUUUAUUCGAUCGUUCGAUCCAUUGACGACACUGGCAUCUUAUUGUGAACUUAAAGACGAUGUUUUGUGACCAUAUGCAUCUACCCGUGCUGACCUUCUCCCUGUGUGCUGGAGGUCUGCUCCUCCUGUGUACCGUCCUGCCGGUCCGGACCGACUCGUCCCUGGGCUGCGACGUCUGGAGAGACGUGUCGCUCUACGCCGAGAAGGACGGAUGCGAGCGGCAACAAAUCAGUGUAGACGCUUGCAAGGGCCGCUGUGAUACUUGGCAGAUCCCGCACCUGACGCCGCCGUUCCGGACGUCCAGCCACACGGUGUGCACGUACGACCGCGUGGAGACCAGGACCACGCAGCUGCAGAACUGCCAGCCGGGCGUCGAUCCCACCUACGUCUAUCACAACGCCGUGUCCUGCAGGUGCGCCAUGUGCCACGCCCACAACACGUCCUGCGAAACGUUAGUAUAAGUGGGUUCGCACGCGCUUAUGUAUUCAAGUCCGUAUGAGGUCCGUAUGGAAUUCUUAGCCUCUACCAGGCUCCACAG